AAUCUGGCUGAGCGGCUACUGCACAGAAACUUCUCUUCAAGGGCUUUCAACAACAAAACAUGUUUGGAGUGUACGUACAAACGUCAACCGGUUUGACUUAGCAGUAUGACAAAUUGUGUCACGUAAUAUGCAACUAUUGACAAUUAAAUAUGUCGUGUGCCAUAAGACAACUAGAAGAACGUCAAUUAUCGACGGAAUUAACGUCGAUGCGAUGGUCCCCAAAAAUGGAUUUAUUAGCUAUUGCUAACAUGAGAGGGGAAAUAGCUCUUCACAGGCUAACUUGGCAGCGAGUAUGGCUUUUAGCACCACCAGAAGAUUCUGAUCUGGUCCAAGACCUGGUAUGGAGACCCAAUGGAAAGCUCAUCGCUGUCGUUUACAAAAAUUCUAGCACAAUUUAUUUAAUCGACGUAGAAAAUAAGAAUAUCCUCCAUAAAACAGAGCGACAAUCGCAUCAGGCAGUUACUACUUUGUCCUGGCUACCUUUGGGUGACCCUGAGCUUGAUAAAUCUAGUGAAAAAAUCAAAACCAAUUAUUCUUCUACCGGAGAAUAUCUGCCACCAUUACCCAACCUUAAUAGAAGCUUUGGACACGAGCCUGAGCACAAAGAAAGCCUAUCCCGAAUACUUGAUAUGCUUUUUCUGGGAACAGAAGAUGGCACUUUAGAAAUGUAUGUUUUUGGAAUGUUUUAUUGCGGGACAUUGAACAUAGGAUCAGGUUGUAUUCAAGAGAUUAGUGGUGGUUCUGGCGGUGCGAUAUGGGUUAGUAUACGGUCCUUAGCAAACAUGAGGGCUGUCCGUUUAUGUUGUCCUCUUCUAGAAACAAAUGGUGCAUUUUUAAGGGUUGCACGAGCUCAGGCAAAUAUAGAAUAUUUAAUGGACUACCUUGAUCGUACACUUAUGGCAAUAUCUGAAGCUUGGGAAACAAUUCUCUUGGAAAUGGAUGAAAAAUUAACUCGAUAUGCUGAGGGUAAUCCACCUGGAGCGGUAGCUGCAGAUUUCCUAGAGUUACUAAUGAUCGGUAUCCCAUCUGUUAAUUUGGAGAAUUUUUUACUGAGAGAUCUGACUGAAAAAGGGUUGAAAAAGUUGGGACACAGCAUUGAAAUGUGCUACAGCAAUAUUCAGAAAUUGGUUUUGAAGCAUCUCAGCAGUGUGGGAAUGGCGUUGACGUAUCAGCUGGCUGAAAUGACAGGCAUGGCAAGGCUGGGUGGAGUUUACGAAUCUCUCGGCUUUACUUCUGAGACGCCAAUUAUUGAGGCUCUUAGUGCUGCUGAGUCUUUUCUUGCUAAAGCAUCUGAGAUUCAACAAGUCAUCGAUCACAGCAUGCGUGACUAUAAGGCAUUUUUUCGUUGGCUUUACGUCGUUAUACUCAAAUUAACUGGUGAACGAGUACCACCUGAGGUAAGCAGAGUCAGUCAGCAGGACUUGAGUUUCAUUGCUGAAUUUUUGAGAGGGUUUGAUCAAGUGGGAGAACAAGAUGGUACAAAGAAAGGCGUUAACUUGGAACGUCUGGGGCAAUAUCUGAGGAAAAGAGAGAAGCUACAAACAUGUUUGACUGCUGAGGGUAGCGAGUGGGCUGCCAUGUUAGACGAAAACCACUGUCUACAAAGUCAUCCGCUAAUCGUUAAGCAGGAUCUCUCACUAUCGUUGUUGCAAUCUCACACAAAACUUGUCGAUGCAAUACACAUUGUUUUCGGACAAGCCUACCAGGGGCUGGUCAACCUCUUCACUCCAGCAGUCGUCCAUUUACCACCUCUAUCUUCAAUUCCGCAUUCAUUAUCGUAUUCGCAGAUCAUUACAUCUGAAAAAGAUUUAUUGCUUGCUGUUUCGGAUCUCAACCGCAAACAGCUGAGGUUAUUCAAGGUAUUCCAGAAUCCCACUGACCAAGAAACCUUAGGGAUCAAAACUAUCACAAUUGAUGCCGAUCGGAGACAAGGUGUUGACGGAAAAGAGAUUGCCAGCAGCAGUAGCAGCAUAAUUGGAGAUCUGCAAUUCUAUUCCCAAGAUUAUUUGAGCUUGCUUAUCUUAGAUCACCACAUACACUCAUCAUAUUUCGUACAGCUACCUCUGAACCACGUUUUUGAGCUUGUGAUGAGGAAUACGAUAGGAAUAAGUGAGGUCAUCGGUCUAAGUGGAGGAGCAUGGCCAAAGCCUGUUCAAGGAAUAGCUGCAAAUCGUUUGGCUGUGAGCGGCGCUCGUAAGGUUGCUGCAAUCCUAAGCGAAAACAAUCGUAAAAUUCGCAUUUUGGAAAUAGAGGUUGAAGAAGAAGAAGAAGAUGACGAUGAAGAUGAAGAGGAUCAGGCAGAAGAUGGUGACGACAAUGUGAUGGACACUACCGCUGGUACUAGCACUAGCAUAACUUCUCAAUGAAACCAUUCAUGAAAUCCUCACAGCCUGGUCUUGAUGCAUCUUUGUGAAUACCUGUGGGAAAUCAACAUCUACUGGAGAGUUAUCAAUUCCCUGUACUCCUAAGGGUGAUGAACUACCAGCCCCUUCAAGAGGUCCAUUCCUAUAAUCGGAUGGUGAGUUUUCCCUUGAAGUGUCCAUAUCUGAAAUUUAUUGGUUUAUUACCAAAAGGCAAUUGAUAUUU